AUGUACGUGGGGAGAGACAACAGAGCCGGGCCGUCCUACUCCUCGCUGCUGCUGCGACGCGGACUGUCGUCGCCUGCCGCCUCUCUCUCGUCGCCGAACUUCGCACCGUCCAUCCCCGCACGUCGUCGCACCGGACUGUUGUCGCAACAGAUCCCUCGCCUGUCGUAUCCUGUCGCCGCCAGUCACAAAGAGUUACCACCCGUAACCGUCGCCUCCUCCGCGGAUCUACUAGGUCGUUGCACGUCUGCUCGUUCGCUCUCGACACGUGGCGGCUAUUCAGAUGGACCGACUGACGUUGCAGCUUUUCGGGUUUCCCCCGAUGGUCGAGACGGUUUAGGGGAGAGCUGUUCUCGUUCGAGCGACGGCGAUAGGUCAAGGCGUCGCACGUUACGAUGCCUGUCGCAGCCAGUCGAGGAUUUCAUGCGACCGUUCGUGGACGUGUCGCCUGCGAUGUCGUCGUCAAACGGUGGUCGCUGGUUCGUCGCAGAGGGAGAAGGACGGAAUGUGUAUCGUAACAGAGAAACUAAUAGCGGGUACGUCGUGGAUUCGGUAAACGAAGCAGUCGCCUCAUGCGACGCCCUCGUCCCUUUGUCGCACACUUUCGCAGCAUCGUCGCCCUCCGAUGUGGCGUCGCCUCGAAUCGUCGCACAGGGAGCGGAAUGGGCGGACGACUUUCCGCUCUCGUUUAACAGCUUCCCCGCUGCGCCCACUUCCCCCGCUAUGCUUAGUGCCCAGCGCGCCGAUUCCGUCGGUAUCGGCGCUAGCCGCCCCGCCGCGUGGCCCAACGCGCGCUUGGAGGGACCAGGGGGAGCGUGGGCGGUGCCCGUGUGGGUGGAAAUAGCGGCGACGGCGGAGGGCGGGGCGGGCGGGGAUGGGGGGGACGGGGAAGGCGGUGUGGGGAGAGGCGGAAACGACGGCGCGGUUUCCGGGAGUGGGGGAGCGGCGGGAGCAGCUGGCGGAGGCGGAGGGGGGAGCGGGCGCGGGGACGAGGAGCUGCUGUGCCCCGACUGCCGCGCGCCCCUUUCGCUCCUCUCUUUUCCCGCGCUUGCCUUCCCCCACUCCCCCUCCUCCCCUUCCGCGUCCGCGCUUUCCCCCCCCAUUUCCGCGGCGGAGGCGCGCGCGAGCGGGCGCGCGGUGCUGUUCUGCCGCCAGUGCCAGCGAUUCACCGACAGGCCGGUGGCGGGGGGAACAGGGGAGGCGGAGAAUGCGCGGAAUGGGAAAAACGAGGGGGAGCCGCAAGUGACGGCGGAAGGGCAGCGCGCAAGGGGAGGGGGGGACGGCACAGAGCAUAACUGGGGGGGGGCGAAUCUGGGGGAGAAUCUGCCUACACCCAAGCAGAUCCGGGCAGCGCUGGAUGAAUUUGUGAUCGGGCAGGAUAACGCGAAAAAGGUGCUGGCAGUAGCGGUGUACAACCACUACAAGCGCAUCUUCCUUGAAAACCAGAAGCGGGAAAGACUUGCCAACCUGCCUGAGGGGGCGUGCGAGAACCUGGUGGGAGGCGAGGAGGACGAGGUGGAGGUGGAGAAGAGCAACGUGCUGCUCAUGGGACCCACGGGCUCAGGCAAGACCCUCCUGGCCAAGACACUGGCUCGGUUUGUCAACGUGCCGUUUGCCAUUGCUGAUGCCACCACCCUCACUCAGGCGGGGUAUGUGGGGGAGGACGUGGAGAUGAUUCUUUAUAAGCUGCUGCAGAGCGCCAAUUUCAGUGUGUCAGCAGCACAGCAGGGCAUUGUGUACAUCGAUGAGAUCGACAAGCUCACCAAGAAGGCUGAGGGCAUCACAAGCACAAGAGACGUCUCAGGGGAGGGCGUGCAGCAGGCGCUGCUCCGAAUGCUCGAGGGCGCUGUGAUCAAUGUGCCCGAGAAAACAGGGAGGAAGAACCCUAGAGGCGAGUUCAUACAGCUGGACACGCAGAACAUUCUCUUCAUCUGUGGAGGGGCCUUUGUGGAUCUCGAAAAGACAAUAGCAGAGAGGAAGCGCAAGUCAUCAAUCGGCUUCGGGGCCCCCGUGCGAGCAUCACUGCGCAACCGAUCGGUGCUUGACGCUCGCACUGCUGGCUCACUGCUGCAAUCGGCAGAGAGCACGGAUCUGAUAGCCUAUGGACUCAUUCCCGAGUUUGUGGGGCGAUUCCCGGUGCUGGUGGGGCUGCAUGCGCUCACAGAGGAACAACUCGUGCAGGUUCUCUUAAAGCCCAAGAACGCCCUCAGCAAGCAGUUUGCAAAGCUACUGGCCAUGAACAAC